AUGCCGCAACGGCGCAUGCGUUUCGCGUCUUUGCUGGCUCCUGUUCCAGAGACCCCGGAGCAGCAAUCGCGAACCACCAGGUUUCUCUUACACGAGCUCCGGGCGAGAUUUGCAGCGCAGAUUUCGACCCUGCAGGCGUUGGGUGCGUUGCUGGAUCAAGCGCGUGCGGCAGUCCACAACCUGCGGAAACCGGGAGCCUUUUUUUACGAGCCUUCGCCCCGAGCAGACGCUUCUGAGGGCGGGCCUUCGACGGUGCAGAGCGGCGCAGAGCAGCGGGCGGCUGUCUCGACGGCUCCGCGUCUCGAGGGCAUGCUCAAAAUGGCUCACGAGACGCUUCUCCAGCAGUAUGCAAUUCUUCUCCCGGAGGGAAGGGGAGAAGCGACCGCUCCAGGCGAUGCGUCCGGCGCCGCCGGGUCGGCCGCGGGGCGGUGGAAGAAAGGGAGUCUCCGUUUCCAGCAGGACUUCCUGGCACUGGUUCCCGCUCUCCGAAGCCUGCAUGCGCGCGUCGUCGCGCUGGUGGUUGCCGGCGCGCGACAGCAGUUUCAAGAGGCGUGGACGCAGCUCGAGAAGCUGAGGGAAGCUGGUGGAAGAGGGGGCGAAAAAAUCAAGGCGGAGGGCUCCUUCCUUCUUCAGCAGUACGAGAGCCAACUCGAGCACAGCCUCCAGGCCUUCCUCGUGCGGAAUGUCAGUCUAGGCGUGCUGCUGUGUCACUUUGACCACUUGCACCACCAGAUGCAAGCGCGGUGGCCGCAGACGCGCCCCUUCCCUGGCCGUUGCUCCGCGUCGCUCCCGACUCCGGACGCGUGUUGCCAGGCGGCGUGCUUCCGGCUCCAUUUCCCCUCGACUCUCUCUAUCCCCUUGCACGCGGUCCCCCCGGGCUUUCCCCACGCGGAAAGCCCCGGGGGACCGCGAGGCUCCACCAAGGUUCGCUUUGCACACACGUCUGCGGCGCUCGAGAGCCGAGACACGGCGGCGCUGGGAGACUGGGAAGGCGGCUGCGGCACGGAAGAGGACGCGCUUGGCGGGUCUCUCCCUCAAGUUAUUGGGGUCAUGGAUCGCCGCUGUCAACCGGCCGCGCAACUCCGAGCUGCAAUCCAACAGGCUCAGAGUCUGUGUCGCGGCGUGGCGGGGACCGCGCCGCCCGUUCGCGUCUUCACACUUGAGGCCGCGCCGCAUGGAGGCGGCGAAGUCAGCCAGGCGCUGCGAGGAAGCGCUGCGUCGCCGCCGCAGUUCCCCGCCGAGACGAAGAGUCUCGUGCAGCCGGUCGCCGCACACGUUGUUUUCCCCUCGCCAAUUCUGCGCUACGUGCUCGCGGAACUCCUGAAGAACGCAAUGCAGGCGACGCUGCAAAAGAGAGAAGACGACGAGGACGCGUCCGCGAGGGAGAGGAGCGUCCGCUUCGGUCGAGAGGAGACCCCGGUGGACUGCGUCCUCAUGCCGGUGCCGGGGGGGAUGUGGAUUCGGAUAUCUGAUCGGGGAGUGGGGAUCCGCGAGGACAAAAAACGCGGGAUCUUCAACUGCUUGAACAAAGACGGCCAAGCGAUGAAGGACGCAGCGACGCUCUUCAUGGGGGGCGAGACGGGAAGGAGGAGCUUUGUCGCCUCGGAUACAGAAGCGGAAACGGCAGCGGCGACCGCUCUCCGUGCCUCCACGGGCGAGGGAGAUACGCUUCAGAAGCGCCUCGAAGGCGUGCGCGUCUCGGGCUGCGGAGUGGGACUGCUGCUCAGUCGCGCCUACAUGCAGUACUUUGGCGGCGAGCUCGUCCUGCGGUCAGCUCCGGGGAAGGGCACAGACUGCUUUCUUUUCGUUCCGUCUCUGGAGACGCGGAGCGAGAACUUGCCGUCGACGGCGGUGCCAGCCGUCUGGGCCGGAAAGGCCCACAAGGAGAGCGCGGAGGGCCAGAGCGGCGAAGGACGAAAACAAGACAUUGUGGGGAAGAGCCACCGCGAAGACGGCGAUUCCACAAUUCCGGAAGAGCUCCUCGUUAUCGACGACGCGGCAGGCGGGGCGCGCAGCUAG